AUGGCUGGUGUCGCACGACGAUCUCCGCGGGAUGUUGUCUGCGUCGAGUCGGCCAUCAAGAAGUGCGGGGCCACAAAGCAAUGGAGCGCCGCGCUGCAGCUCUUCGCCGAGGCGUCCCGACGAAGCUCGGCAGUCGCUCCAGGCUGUUACCUGGCAGCCGCUGGAGCGUGCGGUAAAGGUCGGCAGUGGCAGCGGGCCUUGGCGCUGCUUUGCCAGGCGUGGGAGACGAGGAUGGAGCGCAACGUCACCCUAAGCUACAGCGUUGGGACCAGCGCGUGCGAGAAGGGGGGGCAGUGGCAGCGGGCCCUGGCGCUGCUCGGCGAUAUGCGGGAGUCGAGAUUGGAGCCGAAUGCUACGGGUCAUCCCUAA